AAGAUGGCCAUGUGAUGGGCAGGCUGGGCAGGGUUCAGGACCAGAGGGGGUUGCUUUGAGCCUGCUCCAGCCACCACUCUGAGCCUUCCAGACCAGGGGGCUCUGACAGGGUGAGCCCAAAACCAUACACAGGACCACAGCCCACAGCCCACAGCCCCCUCCUUGUCACAUGAGGCAUGAUGUUGGGAGAGGGGCUGGCCCCAGAGCAGGGUGUUUUCACACCACUGGCCUCUGCAAGAAGUAAGAGCUUUGGGAGCACCCUGGGGGACUCUGUGAUCAGUGGAUGUGGUGUGGAGGGCCCAGGCUGGCUUAGCACGCUUGGGUCAUGCCUGGGGCAGACCUUCACCCAGUGCUCAGGGCCCAUCUCCCCAGAAAAAGCCCCAGACACCUCCCCCCAGUCAACAGCUCUGCCCACAGGUGGGGGCAGGGCGGAGGUGGGCAUCUGGGGUCUUGUGUCAGCCCUGGGAAGCGGACAAGCACCCAGACCAGUGUUGCUUCCUGAGCGCUGGGUGGAUGGAGGCAUCCGGAUAUAUGUUACCUAUUUGCACAACAGGGACAGCGGGGAAAGGAAGCUAGGGAGCCUGGGAGGCUCUCCCUCCUCCUGAAGGCGCGAGUCCCAGGCGUCCUGGUGCAGGAAGAGCCCAGGACGGAAUGCAAUUGCUCCUCUCCUGCCCCGCCCGCCUGGAGCUGGUCUUUGAGGACUGGAAGUCUGGCUAGUUAACUAGCCAGUCUCCCCAGAAGGCGAACCUACAGGCUCUAGAGUUGGAGGCCACCACAGUGAACCUCAGGGACACGGCCUGCCCUGGAAGCGCACGGGCCAGAGACCCAGGAUCCAAGGUGGCCAGCGUCUGUCUCCUGAGGACCAAGGGAACCUCCAGGGAGGGCCCAGCCCUGGCCGGCAGCAGCUCAGCAAAAAACAGGCCAUCUAAGAGCUAGUCUCUGGCCGCUGGCAGGAGAGGAGAGGGGGCUGCGGUCCGGGCAGCACCUGCACCGAGGAGACGGUCUCCUGGGACCAGCCUCUGUCUGGGACGCACAACCUGUCCUCCUGGCCAUGGGCGGCGCCGUGGUUGACGAGGGUCCCACCGGCAUCAAGGCCCCUGAUGGGGGCUGGGGCUGGGCCGUCCUCUUCGGCUGCUUCGUCAUCACGGGCUUCUCCUACGCCUUCCCCAAGGCGGUCAGCGUCUUCUUCAAGGAGCUCAUGCGUGAGUUUGGGAUCGGCUACAGUGACACGGCCUGGAUCUCCUCCAUCCUGCUGGCCAUGCUGUACGGGACAGGCCCACUCUGCAGCGUGUGUGUGAACCGCUUUGGCUGCCGGCCCGUCAUGCUCGCGGGUGGCCUCCUGGCAUCCCUGGGCAUGGUGGCUGCGUCCUUCUGUGGAAGCAUCAUCCAGCUCUACCUCACCACCGGGGUCAUCACCGGCUUGGGCUUGGCACUCAACUUCCAGCCCUCCCUCAUCAUGCUCAACCGCUAUUUCAACAAGAGGCGCCCCAUGGCCAAUGGGCUGGCGGCCGCGGGCAGCCCCGUGUUCCUGUGCGCCCUGUCCCCGCUGGGGCAGCUGCUGCAGGACCACUAUGGCUGGCGGGGCGGCUUCCUCAUCCUGGGGGGCCUCCUGCUCAACUGCUGCGUGUGCGCCGCGCUCAUGAGGCCCCUGGAGGCAUCCCGGCCAGGUUCGGGGCCCGGGCCCCAGCGGCCAGCCAGGCGGCUGCUGGACCUGAGCGUCUUCCGGGACCGUGGCUUUGUCAUCUACGCCGUGGCCGCCUCCAUCAUGGUGCUGGGGCUCUUUGUGCCCCCCGUGUUCGUGGUGAGCUAUGCCAAGGACCUGGGUGUGCCCGACACCCAGGCUGCCUUCCUGCUCACCGUCCUGGGCUUCAUCGACAUCUUCGCCCGGCCCGCCGCGGGCUUCAUCACGGGGCUUAAGAAGGUGCGACCGUACUCCGUCUACCUCUUCAGCUUCUCUAUGUUCUUCAACGGCUUCACGGACCUCACGGGGUCCACGGCCAGCGACUACGGUGGCCUGGUGGUCUUCUGCAUCUUCUUCGGCAUCUCCUACGGCAUGGUGGGGGCCCUGCAGUUCGAGGUGCUCAUGGCGAUUGUGGGCACCCAGAAGUUCUCCAGUGCCAUUGGCCUCGUGCUGCUGCUGGAGGCCAUUGCCGUGCUCAUUGGGCCCCCGUCGGGCGGCAAGCUCCUGGACGCGACGCACGUCUACCAGUACGUGUUUCUCCUGGCAGGGGCCGAGGUGCUGACCUCCUCCCUCGUGCUGGUGCUGGGCAACUUCUUCUGCAUUAAGAAGAGGCCCGAGGCGGCUGCGGAGGAGGGGGAGCGCCACAAGCCCCCCGCGGACGUGAGGGUGGACUCUCGGGAGGUGGAACACUUCCUGAAAGCAGAGCCUGAGAAAAACGGGGAGGUGGUUCACACCCCAGAAACGAGCGUCUGAGACGAGGAGGCCAGCAGGGGUGAGGGAACCGGACAGAGACUUCAAGGCUCGUGUUUAUUUCACAAACAGGACCGGCUUGGGUGGGGCCGUCCGUGUGUCUCGGGGGGCUGGUGAGGUGGGGACCGUGUCAUUCCAAAGCAGGUCUGUGGUAGAGCCAAGCCUCGAGGUUACAAGCCGUCUGCACCAGGACACAGCCUGCUGACCCCAGAGCAGCCUGGUGCCCACCGCUGUGCUCAGGGACCUAGAAACCCAUGCUUCAGAGACAACAUGACCGGGGUCAGGGGCGGAGCGGCACCGUCUCGGGAGAGACACCCCCCCCCCCCCCCGCACCAUGUGGCUGGCUGCACCCCGUCCCGCCCCACCUCCACCACGGCGCUCUAGCCCGCCCCUCGCCGAGUGUUGGGGGACAAACCUCCCUUGCUCCGCUUCUGAAGGUCUGAAAUAAACCCGCGUAUGGGAGGAGCCACCUUGGAAGGAAUGUCUUCAAAGAGCCGGGGUCUCAUUCUACGAGGGGCAGGGGUCUGACCGUUGGCUCCGAACUCACUUUUUCAACAGACAACCUGGUCGUUUUUACAAAGUGGCUCUGGCCUUUGUCAGCUGGGUCGGCUUUCUAAGCGCUGCUGGCUCUGGACCCUGUGUCGCUGGAGCCCAGAUGGCUCAGAGCAUCCACCUAGGGGCCCCGUGGCUGGAAUGGGUCUGGCCGCACCCAGGAGCCCCUUUGAGGCGUGGGCACUUCAGCUGAGACAUACGUGUGAUUCGUGUUCACUAUGUGUGUGUUUAAAGAAAAUGAUCUUCCUGCCUUCCA